UCGGUCCGGAGUGCACGGGAGGCGGGUGGCCCGGCGGCGGACUGGGCCCCCGGGCCUGCCGCGCGGGUGCUGAGCUGGCGGGGCGGGCCGGGGCGCGGACGGUGGCUCCUCCCUCUCUGGCUGCAGGAUUAAAAACUAAUGCAUACGUAAGACAGAAGAGAAAGAUGUCAUUCCGUAAAGUAAACAUCAUUAUCCUGAUCCUGGUCGUUGCUCUCUUCUUACUGGUUUUGCACCAUAACUUCCUCGGCCUGAGCAGUUUGCUAAGGAAUGAGCUUUCAGAUUCAGGAAUUGUGGGGUUUCAGCCCAUAGACUUUGUCCCAAAUGUUCCCCGACAAGCUGUAGAUGGGAGACAAGAGGAGAUUCCUGUGGUCAUUGCUGCAUCUGAAGAUAGGCUCGGGGGGGCCGUUGCAGCCAUAAACAGCAUUCAGCACAAUACUCGCUCCAAUGUGAUGUUCUACAUCGUUACGCUCAAUGGUACAGCAGACCAUCUCCGGUCCUGGCUCAGCAGCAGUACUUUGAAAAGCAUCAGGUACAAAAUUGUGGAUUUUGACACCAAACUUUUGGAAGGGAAAGUAAAGGAAGAUCCUGACCAGGGGGAGUCCAUAAAACCAUUAACCUUUGCAAGGUUCUACUUGCCAAUUCUGGUUCCCAGUGCAAAGAAGGCCAUAUAUAUGGAUGAUGAUGUAAUUGUGCAAGGGGAUAUUCUUGCCCUUUACAAUACACCACUGAAGCCAGGGCACGCAGCUGCAUUUUCAGAAGAUUGUGACUCAGCCUCUACCAAAGUGGUCAUCCGUGGAGCAGGGAACCAGUACAAUUACAUUGGCUAUCUUGACUAUAAAAAAGAGAGAAUUCGUAAACUUUCCAUGAAAGCCAGCACCUGCUCAUUUAAUCCUGGAGUUUUUGUUGCAAACUUGACAGAAUGGAAAAGACAGAAUAUAACCAACCAGCUGGAAAAAUGGAUGAAACUCAAUGUAGAAGAGGGACUGUACAGCAGAACAUUGGCUGGCAGCACCACAACACCUCCUCUGCUGAUUGUAUUUUAUCAACAGCACUCUACAAUCGACCCCAUGUGGAAUGUCCGCCACCUUGGUUCCAGUGCUGGAAAACGAUAUUCACCCCAGUUUGUAAAGGCUGCCAAGUUACUCCAUUGGAAUGGUCACUUUAAGCCAUGGGGAAGAACUGCUUCCUAUUCCGAUGUCUGGGAAAAAUGGUAUAUUCCAGACCCCACAGGCAAAUUCAGCCUGAUCCGAAGACAUAUGGAGAUCUCAAAUACAAAAUAAAACAUAAUUUAUGCUAUAAGCAUUUCUCAGGAAAUCCUGGAAGACAGUAUGCGUGGGAAUUAUCAGUUGCAAGGCUUCAAUGCUUAUCUGCAGCAACCCAUGGAAAGAAGGACCUUUCAGCUGGGUAAAGAGGACAAACUACCCUGUUUAGCAGUCAGCUUCCCAGAUAGGCUAUGUAUGUCUCCAUCUGCCUUACCACAUGUUUGCUUACUACCGUGCUGAAAGACUGACAGGGAUGGUAUAGCUAGUUCAACACUACUGCUUGGUUUUAAUUUUGUAACAUUAACCUGUGGUCUGAUCUGUUAAUAAAGUGAAACCUACAUUUUUCAA